AUGGACGGCUUGAAUCACAGAUAUCAACAACAAGAGCAGCACCAGCCACAGCACCAACAACCACAUCAACAUCAAACUUAUAAGGAUCUAGCACGCAAUAACUACGCGUUGGCAAAGAGAACUUCUUUUAUGAUGACAAAAAUUGCCAAACUCGAGAAAAAAGUCGGCGAGCUUCUUGCCGAAAACCUCCAACUUCGGCGGAGGAGUAUCAAUGAUUUGCAGAACCGUAAAGCUUGGUUCGAGGAUAAGUUGAUGGGUAUUGAGAAUUGUGUUAACCAGAAGUUUCAAGAUAUCAAUUUGAUGUUCCAAGAAAUAAGGAAACAAGAAGGCCUAUCGCCGCCGAUGGAGAUCAAUAAGAAAUUGGCGGGGUUCGAUGAUGAUCUGCGAUCCUCGGGAAGCACCAGUAUUAGUACAAUGAACAAAAAGAAAAAAUCAAUAAGAAGACAAUCAAUUUACAUCUCUUCAGACAGAAAAUAUGGAGAGAUGGCUCCAGCUAAGAGUGUCAACCAUGAAGAAGAAGAAGAAGAAGAAGAAGAAGAAGAAGAAAUUGAUGACGAUGGAGCUUCUUUCCGAACCAUAAAUAAAGCUAAAGACAGCACCGGGUCUCACUGGGAUUCAGAAAUAUUAGGAGGGGAUACCGUCAUGGUGAAUGAGAAGGAGAUUACUGGUAAUACUGGAGAUGAAAUAACGAAUGAGUCAACACAAUUACAUGUGGAAAUCCAGGAGGACGCAAACAUGUUGCUGCUGGGCGAAGUUGGUGAAGAUGAUGAUAAUUCAACAGCAGCAGAGAACAAUGAUGAUAAAGAACCUCAAAACCGAGAAGACGACAUACGGCUGAUGGUGCAGAUUAAUGGUCCUCCCCAACAUAUUAAAUCAUCUGACCAGCCAAUGAAAGCAGCAAGAGUUUAUGAGAUAUCUUCUGAUAGUAGUAGUGAAGAGGUACAACGAGCUCAAAAGACAAUAGUGUCGGUGAGUGAUGAAUCAUCCGAAGGCGAUAACACAAGUCAUAACAUUCUGGAAUUCGACUCUCUAUUAAAACCAGGAAAUCAUAAUCACAGGAGAUUUUCAAAUGAAUUCAUCCUGAGAAGAUCAAGCCAUCGGUUUAGUGAUUUAAAGAAAGCUGCACAGAACAAUUCACACUCUAAUGAUGUGCUCCUUGAAGAUAACGCCUAUAAUAAUAAUAAUAGUGUCACUGAAGACAACAUAAAGCAAGUAUCAUCAAAAGUACGGAAUAACCCAGCUAAAAAUCUGGCUAUUGGAGAUCUGAAUGACACUAGUCUGAUUAUUGCACCACAGAGACGAACUAGGGGCAAGGCUGUCAAUUACGCGUUGCCAUCCUUGAAGUCCAAAAUGAGAAGGCCUGGAUCAAAAGACGGCCGGGUUUCAAAGCAAAAGACCAACAAGAAGCGAAAAAGUGAUGCAAAGAGGCAGCCACUCAAGCAAAUCUCCACUAAUGAAAACAAGGUCAAUAACUCCAAAUCAAAAGAUAAAGUGCCAAUAAUCUGA